GCCAAGGAAAUUAGUCAAUGCAGUCACUUUUUCGAUUUUUUGUCCGUCAGCCACAAAAUGGCUGGCUGUUCGAUCUAAAGAAAUGCUCUUGUGUUCCUCGAUAUCUUAAUUUUUUAUACAAAUGUGUAUUUAAAUAGUGCUUUAAUAUAGUUUAGAUUAAUUUUAUACAACCGUGCGAAGGAAUCAUGUCCGCGGAACGGGAAAUUCCGGCCGAGGACAGUAUAAAAGUGGUGUGUCGGUUUAGGCCUUUGAACGAUUCUGAAGAAAAAGCUGGCUCCAAAUUUGUCGUUAAGUUUCCUUCGGGAGGAGAGGACAACUGUAUCUCCAUCGGGGGUAAAGUGUAUCUCUUCGAUAAAGUAUUUAAGCCGAACGCCACUCAAGAAAAAGUAUACAAUGAAGCUGCUAAAAGCAUCGUUUCCGAUGUCCUGGCCGGUUACAACGGAACCAUUUUUGCCUAUGGGCAAACUUCCUCCGGAAAAACGCACACCAUGGAGGGUGUCAUAGGCGAUCCUCACAAACAAGGCAUCAUUCCCCGUAUAGUAAAUGACAUUUUUAACCAUAUUUACGCGAUGGAGGAAAACCUAGAAUUUCACAUUAAAGUAUCUUAUUAUGAAAUCUACAUGGACAAAAUAAGAGAUCUCUUAGACGUUUCGAAAGUUAAUCUCAGCGUCCACGAAGAUAAAAACCGGGUGCCCUACGUGAAAGGGGCCACGGAAAGAUUCGUUUCUAGUCCCGAAGAAGUAUUUGAAUCCAUAGAAGAGGGCAAAUCUAAUAGGCACAUAGCAGUAACAAAUAUGAAUGAACAUUCGUCCAGAUCCCAUUCGGUAUUUUUGAUCAACGUGAAGCAAGAAAACCUGGAGAACCAGAAAAAAUUGUCUGGCAAACUGUAUUUGGUGGAUUUAGCUGGUUCAGAAAAAGUGUCAAAGACAGGAGCAGAAGGUACCGUUUUGGACGAGGCUAAGAACAUCAACAAAUCGCUGUCGGCCCUGGGCAACGUGAUCAGCGCCCUCGCCGACGGCAACAAGACCCACAUCCCCUACAGAGACUCGAAACUUACGCGUAUCCUGCAGGAAUCGCUGGGAGGCAACGCCCGCACCACCAUAGUGAUCUGCUGUUCGCCGGCCAGCUUCAACGAGUCCGAGACCAAGUCCACUCUGGAGUUCGGCAAACGGGCCAAGACCGUCAAGAAUGUGGUCACCGUGAACGAAGAACUGACGGCGGAGGAGUGGAAACGCCGCUACGAGAAGGAAAAGGAAAAGGUGGCUCGGCUCAAGGGCAAGGUGGAGGUGCUGGAGCAGGAGCUGAGCAGGUGGAGGGCUGGCGAGACGGUCAAGGCGGAGGAGCAGGUCAACCUGAACGACAUCAACGAGGCCAUCACUCCGGUGUCGGGCAUGGAAGAGAGCGUGGUGGAACAACCUACGGGACCCAUGCCAGCCACGCCGGCUCUCAUGAUCGGAUCCACCUUGGGAUUGGAGGAAAGACAGAAGUUGGAGCUGGAAAGGGAACGAUUGUACCAGCAAUUGGACGAGAAAGACGAAGAAAUCAACCAACAGAGCCAGUACGUGGAAAAGCUGAAGGAACAGAUGCUGGAACAGGACGAGCUCAUUGCCGGUACGCGCCGGGACUACGAGGCUCUCCAGAGCGAGAUGAACAGGAUCCAGCAGGAGAACGAAAGCGCCAAAGAGGAAGUUAAAGAGGUAUUGCAAGCUUUAGAAGAGUUGGCGGUUAACUACGACCAGAAAUCGCAAGAAGUGGACGCUAAGAACAAGGAAAUGGAGUCUUUGUCUGAGGAAUUGAUGGUUAAACAGGCAUCCCUUAACACAACCACUACUGAACUGCAGCAACUGAAAGAUAUGAGCAGUCACCAGAAGAAGAGGAUUGCCGAAAUGCUCAGCAAUCUGCUUAAAGAACUAGGAGAAAUAGGUACGACAUUGGGUAGCGAAGGAAGCGAAAUUAAAAUAUCGAACGACUCGGCGAAACUUGAAGAAGAGUUUACCGUGGCCCGCCUUUACAUUUCACGAAUGAAGAGCGAAGUGACCAACCUAACCCAAAGAUUGCAGGACAUCGAGAACAAGGAGCAGGACAGCAACAAGAAAGUUACCGAAUACGAAAAGGAAUUGGGAGAGUGCAGGUUGCUGAUAUCUCAACACGAAGCCCGAAUGAAGAGCCUCCAAGAGUCGAUGCGAGAGGCCGAAAACAAGAAACGAAUGUUGGAAGAGAGCGUGGACGCUCUGAGGGAAGAAUGCGCCAAGCUGAAAGCGGCCGAACAAGUGUCCUCGGCCUCUGAGAGCGAGAAAAAGGAGGCCAACGAACUGCGUCUCGCUCUCGAACAGCAAAUGGACCAAUUGCGAGACGCGCACCAGAAACAGGUGGCCGCCCUUAGAGACGAGAUCGCCGAGAAGCAACAGCUCAUCAACGACAUUAAGGAUUCAAACCAGAAAUUGAGCCUGGCCCAGCAACAGUUGCAGUCUGACUAUGAGAAGAUCAAGUCGGAGGAGACGGAAAAGUCUCACAAAUUGCAGGAAUUAAUAGCGACCAACGAACGGCGUGAACAGGCGCGCAAAGACCUCAAAGGCCUGGAAGACACCGUCGCCAAAGAGCUGCAGACCCUCCACAACUUGCGCAAGCUGUUCGUCCAAGAUCUACAGGCCAGAAUGAAGAAGAAUAUGUCUAACGAGGAUAACGAGGAGGACGGCGGUUCGCUGGCGCAGAAACAGAAGAUCUCCUUCCUGGAAAACAACCUGGACCAGCUGACCAAGGUGCACAAGCAGCUGGUGCGCGACAACGCUGAUCUGAGGUGCGAACUGCCUAAACUGGAGAAGCGUCUCCGGGUGACGAUGGAGCGGGUGAAGGCGCUGGAAACGGCCCUGAAGGAGGCCAAAGAGGGGGCAAUGCGAGACCGCAAAAGAUACCAGUACGAAGUGGACCGAAUCAAGGAGGCGGUGCGCCAGAAGAACCUGGCUAGGCGCGGACCAGCCGCCACCAUCGCAAAGCCUAUCCGUUCGGGGCAGCACCACUCGCUAGUCGCGGGGGGCGGUGUGACACGGCCUCAAGGCUCCAACCCGGCGGACGACGCGCAGAAACGCAGAUCCAUUGUCGUGGGGGGAAAAGAUUAAAAUAUGAAGCGUUACUUAAGUAAUACAGGGUGCUCUCACGAUUAGAACAAGCGAUAUAACUAAUCUUAAUAC